AUGUCGGAUGGCGAUACCUUUUACAUUGGCAAUUUGAUUCUCAACGGCGCGGGGGAUGGACAGCAAACUCUCGCAUUAAGCAUAUUGCCAUUGCCGAGACGAUUAGGAGCAGCGAGUCGUGCACGAAUGCAAAUCAGACGAGUGGAAAUAAUGAGAAAUUUUGUUGCGCAACAAGUUCGAUCCGCCUCGAGUAAUGCAGUGGAAAGAUUAGCAACACUAGAACAGGAUGGAAAUGCAAAUCAGCAGCAGCAGCAACAGCAAGCGCAACAGCGGCAACGUAGCCAAAGUGAACAACGAUUACAGAGUAAUGGACGUGGACUACCGUGGAGAGGAUUUCGAGUGGAAAGUUUUUCGGGUGCAGCGGAGGGAGGGCGAAAGGGCGCGACGGAACAGCCGCAACCGUUGAACUAA